GGGAAGGAGCGAGAGAGGGAGAAGCUGGAGGGCGAGCAAGGGAGGGAAGCCGACAGCUCCGUCCGUCUGCCCGUCCAUCCGAGGGAAGGAGCGCGACCCAGGCAAGGGGGCUAGGGGAAGAGGCCCCAGGAAGCAAGAGCAGCUGCGCGGAGCAGGGUGCCGUGAACUGCCUUCUUAGAUUCUUUUUCCAUUUCUUUUUCUUUCUUUCCCUUUUUAAAAAGAAGCUGGGAAGAGAAGCCAUGGCCGAGGGAGAAGACCGGCUGGGGUCCUGGUGACCCUGGCGAUCAAGUGGAUUUGGGGGACUGGUCUCCCCGCCUUUGAAUUACACAUACCCUCACUUCCCAGCCAAUGAAGACCAGAGGCAACGGGAGUCAAGUCAGUUAGAAAGCCCCACCACCCCCACCCCCGGAAGUGUAAACAAAAGGGAACGCAUGAAUGGGGUGUCCCAAGACAAGUGUGUCCUGCACUGCCCCCACCUUUAGCUGGGCCAGCAGCCGCCCAGCCCUGCCUCUCCCCACCUACUCACUGGUGAUCUGACUUUUUUUUUUCUUUUUCUUUUUAAAAACAUUUCCCCCGCUUUUUCUUUUCCAUCCGCUUUGAUUCCCCCUCAGAGUCAAGCGAGGAUUUGGAUUUGGGAACCCAGCUAUGGACCAACCUCUUCUUUAAAACACGGACUUCCUCCCCAUCGCCAAGCUGCCUUUGGCAAUAUCAGAUAACCGCUCUAUUUAUUUUUACCUAAGGGAAAACUCCAGCUCCUGCCCUGCUCCCAGCUGCCUCAACACCCCUCCCAGCCCUCGGCUUGCCCUCCACCUGGCCUGCUGGGAGUCGGAGCCCAGCAGAACCUGUUUAGAUACAUGGAGAAGAAUCCCGGCACGACGGGGCACACAGUCCGCCGCCGCUGCUCCGUCUUCUGGGCUGCCAGCGCUUCCUGGAAGUCCUGAAGCUCUCGCAGUGCAGUGAGUUCAUGCACCUUCUUGCCAAGCCCCAGUCUCCGGGAUCUGGGGAGGCCGCCUGGCUCUCCUUCCUCCGGCUGCUCAUCUGCUGGGGUCUGCCCUGCGCCAGGCCUCGCCGCCCCCCCGCCUCGCUCUCCGGCUCCCACAUGAAGAUGCACUGGUCAAGGGCUUUGGUGGUCCUCGCCCUGCUGAACUUCGCCACAGUCAGCCUCUCUCUGUCCACUUGCACCACCUUGGACUUCGGCCACAUCAAGAAGAAGAGGGUGGAAGCCAUCAGGGGACAGAUCUUGAGCAAGCUGAGGCUCACCAGCCCCCCUGAGCCAUCGACGAUGACCCAUGUCCCCUACCAGGUCCUGGCCCUUUACAAUAGCACCCGGGAACUGCUGGAGGAGAUGCACGGGCUGAGGGAGGAAGGCUGCGCGCAGGAGAACACCGAGUCAGAAUACUAUGCCAAAGAAAUCCAUAAAUUCGACAUGAUCCAGGGGCUGGCGGAGCACAACGAGCUGGCCGUCUGCCCCAAAGGCAUCACCUCCAAGGUUUUCCGCUUCAACGUGUCCUCCGUGGAGAAGAAUCGGACCAACCUGUUCCGAGCCGAAUUCCGGAUCUUGCGUGUGCCCAACCCCAGCUCCAAGCGCAACGAGCAGAGGCUUGAGCUCUUCCAGAUCCUUGGGCCGGAUGAGCACAUUGCUAAACAGCGCUACAUCAGUGGCAAGAACCUGCCCACACGGGGCACCGCUGAGUGGCUGUCCUUUGACGUCACUGACACCGUGCGGGAGUGGCUGGUGAGGAGAGAGUCCAACUUGGGGCUGGAAAUCAGCAUCCAUUGUCCGUGUCACACCUUUCAGCCCAAUGGGGACAUCCUGGAAAAUGUUCACGAGGUGAUGGAAAUCAAAUUCAAAGGUGUGGACAACGAGGAUGACCAUGGACGUGGCGACCUGGGGCGCCUCAAGAAGCAGAGGGACCACCACAAUCCUCAUCUAAUCCUCAUGAUGAUCCCCCCGCACCGGCUCGACAACCCAGGCCAGGGCGGGCAGAGGAAGAAGCGGGCCCUGGACACCAAUUACUGCUUCCGCAACUUGGAGGAGAACUGCUGCGUGCGUCCUCUCUACAUUGACUUCCGACAGGACCUGGGCUGGAAGUGGGUCCAUGAACCUAAGGGCUACUUCGCCAACUUCUGCUCGGGGCCGUGCCCUUACCUGCGCAGCACAGACACAACCCACAGCACGGUGCUCGGGCUGUACAACACCUUGAACCCUGAAGCCUCCGCUUCCCCUUGCUGUGUGCCUCAGGACCUGGAGCCCCUGACCAUCCUGUACUACGUCGGGAGGACCCCCAAGGUGGAGCAGCUCUCCAACAUGGUAGUGAAGUCCUGCAAGUGUAGCUGAGACACCACUGGAGACCCAGUGAGCAGGGAGAGCGCGCUGCCACCGCUGGCCGCCUGCUCCUCGGGUCACACAACAGACCUCAGUGCAGGCCUGGAGCCCCCAAACCACGGCUCCAGGCAGACGGCUGAGAUGGAGGUUCCUUCUGGGGACACUUCUUUUUGCUGGCUCUGAGAAGCGCUGUGGUCAAGGAAGUGGGGGCUUGGUUAGGGGAGGGCCAGACUCUUCAGGACACGCAGAUCUGUGAUGCAUUUGGAGGUGGGGACGGAGGAAGAGGGAUGAGGAGUGGACAUGUGGUGCUGGUAAUGGGAUGUGGGGCAGCCUAGCGGGCAGGACGGGCUGGGGCCAGGGCCAGACUGGAAGACACUUCUGAUCUCACCACUGCAUACCUCUGCUCGAGGGAAUCUGGAUCAUGUCACAGAAAUUCUCCUGCAGCCAGAGCACCGAGCGAGUCUCAAAGAAUUGUAUCAGGUACUACCUGGGAUCAAGGACAAACCGUCCUUUUUACAAAUUGUCCUCUCUAUGUUACUCAGCAUCAUGGGCCAUUACAGGGUGCUGGGCCUUCAGCCCAGUUGGGCCCAGUGGAUGUGCUCGGCUCAGCAGCAGGGGGUGGGAAUGAAAUCUCCUCUCUGCCCUCUGGGGCCCUCUCAUCUUUCUCUAUUGUAUCUCCCCUUGGACAUUGGGCUAGACACCUUCCAUGAUUGUGGGUCCGUGUAACCUCGGGGCAUCCAGGCCCCCCCCCCCCCACUGCUCUCCAAGACCCUGUGUUCAUUUGGUGUUGCGGGCAGCAGGUGGGGCAUGGGUGGCAUUUGGGGGGAACUGCACAUGAGGCCCAAGCUGACUUGGCCCCAGGCACAUAGACUGAGGUGUAAAGACGACAAUGAUUACUCUCAAAAUCUUUGCAUAAAUAAAUAUGUGGACUCUUGGAUCAUU